AUGAUUGCCUCUAAACUUUUCAUCACUCUGGGAGUCUCCUUGUCCGUCAAUGCUUUCAGUCUCUAUGAGUCUGGGACUGACAACGAUGUGACAAAAGCCUGCGUUAAGGCCAUGUCAGCAGAUAUCGAUUGCGAUAGAGAGGUAAUCAGCUUUCUCAACGGAGGCUGGUACGGCUCUCUUGACAGUGAAGCCUUGACGGAUGCGGUCUGCACCAAAGUUUGCUCUCAAUCACUCCAGGACUGGGUCACCAAUGUUUCCAAGGACUGUGGGGAAGACAAAGCCCGAGGUGGCCUUCGUAUUUGGACAGGCUGGAAUGCGACAUGUCUAAAAGACACCAAGACAGGACGAUACUGCAAUGACAUCAUUGCAGAUUUCACUGAUGUCGGGGAAGACGAGGAGCUCCCGCAUGAUGAGCUUUGCCAUCCUUGUUAUGUAAAGCGUCUCGAGAUGUAUAAACCCUCACAGUACGCCCUUAACAUCAAAUGGCACGAAGAGCAACUUGAGCUCGUGCGCAAGGAAUGCGGUAGUUCAACAUCCACCGAGACUGCCGCGACCACUUCGAGUAAGAGUGAACCAUCUGGCGCAACAACUACGGCAGAAGCCUCAAAAUCUUCCCAAACAGCCAGCAGCGAGGAUGAGUCUAAAUCGUCCACUCGGACCCCAGUACAGACCAUGUCAUCGGUACCUACUGUGUCAUCCACGCCUAAUUCUGCUGCGAAAUUUGAACAGGGAGAGUUGUUUGGGUCUCGGGCUCUGAUGCCUCUUUUGUUGAUGAACCUCUUCUUUAUGCAGUGA